GACAUGACCGGAAGCAGCCGGGGAAGCGUCGGAAGUGGAUUGCAGGAGGCGAACAGCUGUGGCAGAGUGAGGUGCACAACCCCGUUCCGGAGGCUUGGAUGACUGGAAAGUCACAAUGAGCGUAAAGGCAUUUGAACUUGUUCCUGUUCUUGAGCGAGAUCUGCUGAUAGGAGAUAAAACUUGGAUGACUAUUGACUGUAUUGAGUGUUGCGGGAAGAAUCUUUAUGUGGGAACAAACGACUGCUUUAUCUAUCACUUUCUAUUGGAAGAAAAAGUAUCCACCUCAGGAAGACUUGUGUUUACUCCAAUAAAACAACUGCACAUGUAUCUGGGGCUUAAAAAAGCUGUGAAUGAGCUGAAAGCAGCAUCAGCUUUGAACAGGCUAUUGGUUCUAUGUGACAAUAAUGUGACUUUAUUGCAUAUGAUGAAUCUGGAGCCAAUACCAUCAGGAGCUAAAAUCAAAGGAGUAAUUGCAUUUGCUGUAAAUGAGAAUCCAGUGACUGGAGACCCCUUCUGUGUCGAAGUUUGUACCAUUUCACUAAAGCGGAAAACCGUGCAAAUAUACACAGUACAUGAAGAUCGUGUCCAGUUAAUGAAGGAAGUGUCCACACCAGAACAACCGGUUGCUAUAGCUGCAGAUGGCUACUUCCUUUGCUUGGCAAUGAGCACACAGUAUAUUAUUUUGUGUUAUAACACCGGUGUUUCACAGGACCUGUUCCCAUUCAAUAGUGAGGAAAAACAACCAAUUGUAAAGCGGAUUGGACGAGAGGAAUUUUUAUUAGCUGGCCCAGGUGCAUUGGGAAUGUUUGUGACAGCAGCAGGAAUCUCCCAGCGUGCACCUGUUCACUGGUCAGAGAAUGUGAUUGGAGCAGCUGUGUGCUUUCCUUAUGUGGUAGCUCUGGAUGAAGAGUUUGUUACUGUACAUAGUAUGCUUGACCAGCAACAAAAACAGACAAUUCCAUUCAGAGAUGGCCACAUACUACAAGACUUUGAAGGGAAACUGAUUUUAGCAACUAGUAAAGAAAUACAUGUUCUGGUACCUUUGCCUUUGGAAAGGCAGAUUCAAGAUCUUCUCGCCAGCCGCAGAGUAGAGGAAGCCCUUGUCCUAGCAAAAGCAGCACGACGGAACAUUCCAAAAGAGAAAUUUCAGGGUAUUUACAGAAGAAUUCUGCAGCAAGCAGGGUUUAUACAAUUUGGCCAGCUUCAAUUUUUAGAAGCUAAAGAACUCUUCAGGAAUGGCCAGCUCGAUGUAAGAGAGUUGAUGUCUCUCUAUCCAUUACUGCUUCCUUCAACCUCCACGUUUAUACGGUCCCAUCCCCCUUUACAUGAAUAUGCUGACUUAAAUCAACUAAUGCAGGGUGACCAAGAGAAAAUUACAAAGUGCAAGCGCUUCCUUAUGAGCUACUUGAAUGAGAUUCGAAGCACUGAAGUAGCAAAUGGAUACAAGGAAGAAAUUGACACAGCCUUGCUAAAAUUAUAUGCUGAAGCUAACCAUGACAGUUUGCUGGAUUUGUUGGUUUCUGAAAAUUCCUGUUUAUUAGUGGACUCUGUUCCCUGGCUGGAAAAAUAUGAGAAAUACUUUGCACUUGGUCUUCUUUAUCACUAUAAUGGACAAAAUGAAGCAGCACUACAGUUGUGGGUGAAGAUUGUUGACGGACAGCUCCAGGAUAAAACCCGUUCAGAUCUUUUUGAAUAUAUUGUUGAUUUCCUAAGCUUCUGCUCUAAUCAUGAACUGGUCUGGAAGUAUGCUGACUGGAGUCUUCAAAGAAAUGAGGAGGUUGGUAUCCAGAUUUUCACAAGGCGACCAGUUGAUGAAAACCAGGCAACCUGUAUGAAUCCAGAUGACAUUGUCAACUACCUUCACAAGUAUAAGAAAGCCAUUGUUGUGUAUUUGGAACACUUAGUAUUUGAAAGAAAGAUUCAGAAGGAGAAAUACCACACACAUUUAGCUGUAUUAUAUCUGGAUAAAGUACUAGAAUUGCACUCCCAGGAGGGGAAUGUUUCAGAAGAACUAACUUCAGCACGUUGUACUCUGAAAAACUUGCUCCAGCACUCUAAUCUUUAUAGAGUUCAUCUUUUGCUAGGUAAAAUUAAAGAGACUGAUCUCUACAUGGAAUGUGCAAUAUUACAUGGAAAACUGGAAGAACAUGAAAAAGCUCUUGAGAUCCUGGUUCAUAAGUUAAAAGAUUUCCAAGCUGCUGAGGACUAUUGUUUGUGGAAUUCCAAUGGCAAGGACCCUUCACGGAGGCAGAGGCUCUUCCACAUGUUAUUAACACUGUAUUUGCACCCAGAUGUCACCAGUGAUGAGCUAGUAAUGGCUGGUGUGGACCUUCUGAAUAACCAUGCUGCUCAUUUUGAUGCAAUUCGAGUUCUACAGCUGGUCCCAGAGGAGUGGUCAUUGCAACUGCUUUCACCAUUCUUGACCAAGGCAAUGAGAGGGAGCUUUCAUGCUAAGUGCACAGCAGAACUUUCAUCAAACUUGGCAAGGUCUGAAAAUUUAAUUUUUAAAUACACAAAGGUAAAAUCAAGAGGAAACAGUAUUAAACUUUCAGAUAAAAAAGUCUGUCAAGUAUGUUGCAGCUUUUUCACAGAGCCAGUGUUUGUGCGAUACCCAGAUGGGAGUCUUGUUCAUAUCCACUGUGCUACAAAAUCCCACAGUCUGCCUGCCACUGACCAGAACUUUGCCAGUCUUAAAAAUCAGUCCUGAACUAUUGGCCACAAGUGUGUGGAUCAAGCAUUACAAAGUUACAGUGCUGCAGACCAUGGUAAGGAAGAGGACCAGGCUGCUAAUCAGAAGGAAGUAGUCAUUACUGGUCUGCAUCUGCUAGAAGCUUUCAGCAAUCUAUCUUAUUUGUAACUGACAGCACAGAUGUGAGUAGUAAAUGCAGCCAAGCAUUUAUCUGAACUAUUAUUUCCCCCCAGUUUUGGGGGUGAUAACUUGCACAGUAUUGUGCAACAUACAGAGAAGAAGCUGAUCUUUUGAAAACUUGGCUGCCUUUAAUCUAACUGUAUCAUGACUGAGACUUUGGUUCUGUAUUUCCUGACAGUUUGGGAACAUUGUUCUGUGUUCAAGUACCCUACUUCUGGAAUUGUGACUUUCCAUUAGUUAAGUGUAGGCUUUCCCUGCUCCUCAAAGAACCCCAAUUUGGGAUCAUUUGUACAUUGUAAUCUGUCCAAUGAUGUCAUAGAAUAACUAGUUAAGAUGAACCAAGGUUGUACAUGUCACACUGUUGACUUUGGGUCAAUAUGUCCAUAAUGAGACUGUUAUGAGCCAUUUACAAGGUAAUGGUGCAUCGCUCUUGGUGUAAUAACUUGCUGACCAGCUGGUUUACACAUUGAAUAAGUAAGAUUUAACUUCAAACCUACCUUUUUAAAUGCAAUUUUUUCCAUCAGGUGACAGUGGAUAGGAGGACACUAAUGAGCAGUGAUGGGAGAGGAAAAGAAAAGAUGCAAGACUAUGAUUGUCUGAUCUCCAAGGUGCUGAGUUUGUGAAAACUAUACACUGUAUACAUGUAAUUUCCACAAAAUUUUAAAGGGAAAAGGGUUGAAGGAAGCUGACUGAUUAGACUUUAGUUCAAAUGGUUAUAUUUAGAAUUUGAAAGGAUUGUUUAUGGCUGCUUUAUUGAAAAUGCCAAUUAAAUUAAAUGGGCUGCAGCUGUAACAGGACUAUUUUCUGAAAUAACGUUUGACUAUCUUGAAGUUCCUGUGGGUUAGAACAAAGGACCUUCUGAUCCUGUUGAGUAAUGAAUUACCUUUUUAAUCUACAGCCAUAUAUUUAUCCAUGAUGCAAUUAAUUUAUUGAUACUGUGAUAAAGCUUUUCUUUUAGCAUUGGCUGCAUUUGGCUUUAAUAAUCUUACAUUCUGUACUGAUUGUACCUCCAUCCAUAAUACUAAACAUAAUUUUAUAAACUUGACUUGUGGUGGGUCUUCAGGCUAGUCAUGUGUGUCUUUAGGAGAUCUGUAUCACCAAAUGUCGAAGGAUUUAAUGAAUAUUGGAUUGAAGUCCUGUUGCAGUUCCAUUUGCAUGAACGUCUUAAAUACCAAUGUGAAAAAAUAAAUCAAGGAAUGCACUUUCUUUACAGCAUUGCUUUCAUAUCUUAGUUACUUUGUUUUUACUAAAUCUUUUAACACCUCUGUCUCUGCGGUUACAUUUCAUUUGAUAUCAUUGAUGUUACUUUUUAAGUAAUUUCAAGUACAUUUCUAGUCUUUAUUCCAAAGUUACUAAGUCCAUUUUUGUUUAAGAUGCAUAUUUUUGCAGAUAUUUGGAUGGUCAAGUUAGCAAUUUAUAAAUUGUACUACAUUGUACUAAUUUUAAAAACUAAACAAACUUAUGAAUUCUGCAGGAAGCAAAUAACCAAGUUUUGAAACUUCCAGUAUAUUUAAACAAUGCAAUGAAAUGUGGAAAACUGAACCAAAGUGCAUGUUUACCUUUUAAUCACAGAUGUGCACUUAUUGUUUCUGUGGUUUUGUACAGUGUAUAUGCAGUAGUGCUGGUAACAGUAUUGUAUAGUAUGGAUUAUGAUUUAAACUUUGUUUCCUCUGUUGCUGACAUAAACCUUGUGGCAUUUAAAUGGAAACAUUUUAAAUUUUGCAAAUUGCCUAAUGCAGUGAAGUAUUUCUACUUUAAUUGUUGUAUCUAACUGCCCUGCUUAUAUUAAACUUUGCACUGUAAGUAUUGAAGGAAAUACUUAAUUGUAUAAAUGUACAGAUGACAAUUUUAAUAAACUCUUUCACUGAGAAAGUAGAAUUAAUUUGUAUGAGAAUUUUAAAAUCUGAC